AUGGUAUAUGGUAUAUUAAUUGGAGGUGAAUUACAUACACACCGCUCCGACAAACAAUCGUUGGAUAUUGGUCCGGAAAAGCCCGUCAAUGGCAGUACGUUAGGGGUGUGA